GCACGGAGCGAGCGGGCAGGAGAGACACAAGUCCAACAUCCUCUGAGCGCCAUAUCUCUGAUCUGCUUUCUGGAGCGCUCCUGGACACCUGCAGUGGAGAAGAAAAAAAAAAAAAAAAGAAGCUCCGACUUGUCAGCGCGUUUAAACUUUCAUCCAAAUUGUGAUGGAGUUCCCUACAGUUCCUUCAGAGGACUUUCAGGAGGUCUACUCUGGGUCUACUACUCCUUAUUUAAAUGCCACAUUCUUAGAGGAUCUGCUGACUGAACCGUCUAAAAGCAACGAAACCAGCGGGGUCGCAGUCAGAGACACCUCAGGUCUCAUCAUCGCAGUCUGCAUCACGGCUCUCUAUUCUCUCGUCUGCGUGGUGGGACUGCUGGGAAAUGUGCUUGUUAUGUACGGAGUGAUCCGGUACACCAAGAUGAAGACUGCCACCAACAUUUACAUCUUCAACCUGGCUCUGGCUGACGCUCUGGCCACCAGCACCCUCCCCUUCCAGAGUGCCAAGUACCUGAUGAGCACGUGGCCCUUCGGGGAGCUGCUGUGCAAGGCGGUCAUUGCUAUCGACUACUACAAUAUGUUCACCAGCAUCUUCACCCUCACUAUGAUGAGCGUGGACCGCUACAUUGCUGUUUGCCACCCUGUGAAAGCCUUAGACUUCCGGACGCCUGCUAAAGCCAAGCUCAUCAACGUCUGCAUCUGGAUCCUGUCCUCGGCCGUCGGAGUGCCAGUGAUGAUCAUGGCGGCUACCAAGGUGACAGAUAAAGGAAACACCACCUGCACGCUCAGAUUUCCCAUGCCGGAGUGGUACUGGGACACCGUGAUGAAAAUCUGCGUGUUUAUCUUCGCCUUUGUGAUGCCAGUCCUCGUCAUCACUGUCUGCUACGGCCUGAUGAUCCUGCGGCUGAAGAACGUCCGCCUGCUGUCCGGCUCCAAGGAGAAGGACAGGAACUUGCGGCGCAUCACGCGCAUGGUUCUGGUGGUCGUGGCCGCUUUCAUCAUCUGCUGGACCCCCAUCCACAUCUUCAUCAUCGUCAAGACCAUGGUGGAGAUCAACCACAAGAACCUCCUGGUGGUAGCCAGUUGGCAUCUGUGCAUCGCCUUGGGCUACGCCAACAGCAGCCUGAACCCCAUGCUGUAUGCCUUUCUGGAUGAGAACUUCAAGCGGUGCUUCAAUGACUUCUGUCUGCCGUACCGCUCCCGCUCGGAGCAGAGCAGCUUCUCCAGAGCGCGCAACAGUGCUAGGGAGCCCGUGUCUGUUUGCGUGCCUGCAGGGGUGCAAAGAGCGCCUGGCUGACAGAGCACAGGUCAGUCAGAGGGAGAAACGGGUCAGGAUGGACUGCAGACUGAUGACACACAGUUCUCCACCACAAGAGUCUGAGGUUUUGACCUUUGAAUGAACCAUGUUGUGACCUCUCAUCUAAAAUAUAAUUAAAGCAUUUUAUUUGAAAUAUAUGAGUGCCUGCCGAUAAGAAAUCUAGACAAUCUUCCCCUGAGCUUAGUAUAAAAAACAUAUUUAAUUCACACAAGAUUGUAUUACUAGAUUAAAAAAAUAAAAAAAUAAAUAAAUUAUUGACCUUGCUUUAUUUGACUUAAAGAAUCAUUUUCAGCUUUAAUAGUUGGGAGCUCCACAUUUUACAGAGAAGAUUCAGGUGUGAAUUGUUUUAUAGAGUAUUUUAAUGAUUAGUAUGAGGCCAGUGAUGGUGUACGGAUGAAUCAGUGUAAUCGUCACUCUCCCACAGAUUACAUGCUGCAAUUGAUGAAGAUCACCUGCCUCUGAUAACAGUCUGGAUAGCAGCUUCCUGUUAGAACAGCAGAGAAGAUUUUGUUGAAGAUACUCGUGACCGUAGCUCAAAGAAACGCACAGUUUUGAAGUUAAAUGUCAUAUAUGAUCCAAUAAAUGAUGUCUAAAAAUUACAUUAUAAUUCUAAAAAUUGUAGCAGCCUGUAAAACAAUAAAGGACUUCAAAUUCGUCAAUUUGACAGCAUCAGUGCCACAUACUCUCUAUUUAUUAACUCAAAAACAUCCUGAAUUCAGUAGUUGGCAUAAGAACAAUUUUUGGUCAAAAGCUGUAAAGUAAUAGUAGUAAAAGCAGCAGAUUGUUGAAACGAUGAACUGCUAUAAUUCCAGCUUGUAUUUAUUAGGUUCUCCAUUCAAAGCAAACAAAUGAAAAAAGUUGGAAUAAAAAAAAACAGAAAAGAAAUUAGGACAUCUACUUCUUUCAGGUUUUCUAUAUACUAUUUUCCUACUAAAAUGUAAAACAUUGGAUACUUAUUAUUUAUUUAUUCAGUUCUUUCUUUGUUUUUAUUUAUAUUUCAAUGGUUUAGUUUUGCCUAACACUUUUAUACAGUCCAGGGAUGCAGCAAUAUUUGGGUCGAUGUUGAUAUCCAAUAUUAGUACUGUUGUAUUUUCCAAUAUUAUUUAUAUUGCAUAUAUUUCUCUGCACUUUAGAUACUGUAAAAACAACCAGUCAUUUAUUUUGGCCCAGUUUUUCUUAUAACAGCGAUAAGUUAAAAAAAAUUACUAACUUUGGCUGAUACUGAUGUAGGUGCUGAUUUAUUGUGCAUUCUUAACGCAAACCCAGGCUGCGUUAUGACAACAAACACUGAAAAGGUUCUGGGCUCCCGACAGGUAGAGGUAUAGUCAUGACACGUCUCUGAUUUCAUGCGAUUCUACAAGUGAAUGUUGAUAUAAAAUACGUUUUUUUGCAUCACUGGAUGUAUUUAACUCCUUCACACAGACGCACUGCCUUCAUGAAUGAGUAGCAAUCACCUUUCAUCUCUGCUCAGCUGAAUAUAAUGUAGUAUAAAGAUGAGCGACUUACAUUUUUUAAGGUGUACUGGGGCUGAGGGUAGUUUAGUGCCAAUGAUGACGAGAGAAGACAUACUUGAGUGGCUGCCAUAUUUAACAUUGUACGCUGUAUGAAAUGUACUGUAGACAUAGGGAUUUCUAAUGGCCAAUAUUUAAAGUAUUAUUUAUUUUGUGGUUUUGUUUGAUUAUGUUUCUGCACAAAUGAGCUAGAGUUGGGUGAACAUAGUGUUGUGUAAUGACUAACACUGUAAAUAUUGACUCUGUCGUUACAAAAUAUAUAUAUUCUGUCGCACUUUGACUUAUUUUUCCUUUUGUCCAGAAUUGAUAGGAGAGCAUUUAAACUUAGCACAAAAAGCAACACUUUUCUUGGUUGACUAUUUCUCUGUUGCAACACUUCCUGGAAAUAAAUCUUGUACUGUCGGAUUUAUUCUAUUUAUUUUCUCUUAAAUGUUGCUACAUUCGUGAGGAAAAUGUAUUUGUGAGUUGCGCAGGAGAGGUUGGUAAUUUUGGUAGGAAGAACAAAAGCUGACCCCAAGAAUCUUUGAUUUUGUGGAACCAUUUAAGCUGAAAGAAAUGUGUGCUGUUGUUGUUUUUUAACAACAUAAGAUAUAUUGCCAAAAAGCAUUGUUCUAACAUACUCAAAAAAAAUAAAAAACAAAAAUUUUUGUUGUUCUAAAUGUAUACAUGUCCAGCACAGUCAUUCAAUGGAUCUUCAUCAAUAAGAACGGUGAAGACGUUAUUACUUUUUUUCUUGAUCUGUUUUGUUUCUAAAAUAACAAAUUCUUCUAAAACUAUUUUUAGUUUUUAAUUAUUCUGCAGAUGUUCACAGACACAUGUUAGAUUAUACAAAUAUUAUAUUUACUGCUUUUAUCGUUGCUGAAAAAACUGCUGUAGUUUCUUUCUGGUGUGUUUUAUUUUGAAGUUCUGAUUGACAGUAGUUAAAUUCUGCACUUCCUUUUCUGUGAUAUUUAUGUCUUAUUAUGCUGUUAACAAAAGUGUGAGAUGUGUGAGCUUCCUGUGUAAUUCUUACAAUAUGUUGUUGAUCAUUAUUUGAGUUAAUAUACUGCCGACUUGUGGCACCUGGUUACAGCUGAAGCUAAUAUUUGAAGUCUGUGCAAAUGUAAGUGAAUAAAUAAAACAUGCCUGCCUAAGAC